AUGAACGGGAUCAACCACGUGACGACGGCGCCUUACCACCCGCCGUCAAAUGGCCUGGUGGAACGCGCGGUUCGCACGAUCAAGGAAGGCCUUCGAAAAAGCCAAGGGGGUGGCACAUUCAUUAAACGUCUCAAUCAGUUUUUAUGCCGAUACCGACGGACACCGGUAAAGGCUGGGAAGUCUCCGUCCGAACUACUGCUGGGUUAUAUGCUACGGACCAGGCUAUACUGUUGCCUCCCGAGUGCAGGCGGGGAACCACGUCUGGAAGAGCGCUCCUCCACCAUGCCAUUCUGUGCAGGACAGCCGGUGUGGCUGAGAAGUUUCCACAGCCGGCCAAAAUGGUUGUCGGGAGUGGUCACAAGUACCCAAGGGGCUCGGAUGGCGACUGUGUCUAAGCCGGACGGCGAGCAACGUCGUCAUGCGAACCAACUACGGCUGCGCACUCCGAAGGACUCGAACACGACGCAGCCAGGGGGCGCUACAACAUCCACCACCACCGCUAACGAAACCUCGCCGAUGCCAGCCGGCAUGACUGACCCCACGCCGGCGGGGUCGCCACCCUCUAGCCAACCUGAGGCACCGCCGCCGCUUCGCCGGUCCAACAGGCUACGGCGACCACCUCAAAGGUUCAACUGGUAA